GCGCACGGCCGCGGGGCCUCCAGAACGUUGCCCUGGUCUCCUGUGACUGAGGACGGGCACGCGAGUGAAUGUCACAAUCCUGGCUGGGCCGGGCCGCGCUCUCCUCCAGCGUCAGCCCCAAGCAGUGGAGGCGGCAAAAAGAGACCUCGCAGUUUGUCUUCACUCCCUCUCCCUCCUUCCCCCCCCCCCCCAGCGCCAGUUGAUGCGUGUAUGUUUAGAGAGUAAUUCCAUCAGCGAUGCAGGGUUUGUAGGUGCCUCCUCCAGCUGUAAAAUAGAGCCUACGUCAGCCAUUAGCCUUUCGGCUUCCCUCGCCCCCUCCCAGUCGCCCUUUUAAACCCGCGCACCCUCCUCUCCUUAGCGAACGCGACACUACCCCGCAGACCAAACCCGAGCAAAGUUGCAAAGGUUAUUUGCAGAGAGGAGCGGCAGUUAUCGCUUCAACACAUCAGGGGAGCAAAAUGUUUGACAGACACAGAGUCCCCUUUGUUUGUUUGGAUGUAAUAUGCGUCCUAUUGGCUGGUAUGCCACUGGGUGUUCUAAAUGUGGCCAAAAUAAAACCUUAUCAAAGAGGUUUUUACUGUGAUGAUGAAACCAUCAAGUAUCCAUUCAGGAACAGUACCAUCACUUCCACUGUCCUGUAUUCAGUGGGGUUUACACUGCCCAUAUCAGCUAUAAUCGUUGGGGAGUUAGCCUCAGUUCGUUGGAACCGUUUGCACUCAAAUUCCUUUAUUAGAAACUCCUAUGUAGCCACUGUGUAUAAGGCAAUUGGGACAUUUUUAUUUGGGGCUGCUGCAAGCCAGUCUCUGACCGACAUUGCCAAAUAUUCAAUUGGGCGUCUUCGACCUCACUUCAUCAAUGUUUGCCAGCCCGACUGGGCGAAAAUCAACUGUGCUGCAGGUUACAUAAAUGAAUUCACCUGCCUGGGUGACCAACGAAUGACCAAUGAAGCACGGCUCUCCUUUUUCUCCGGCCAUUCAUCCUUCUCCAUGUACUGCAUGAUGUUCGUUGCACUUUAUCUGCAAGCACGAAUGGUGGCCGAUUGGUCCAGGCUGCUGCGUCCAACCCUUCAGUUUGCCUUAAUUGCAUCUUCAGUGUACGUGGGACUUUCACGCGUGUCUGAUUACAAACAUCACUGGAGUGACGUGUUAACAGGACUUAUCGAAGGAGCGCUUGCAGCCAUAUUAGUUGUGGUGUUUGUGUCAGACUUCUUCAAAAUGAGACAACCCAGAAUAUCACCAAAAGAUGAGGAAAAUUCACACUCGGCUUUGCAUGAGACACAUGGAAACCAUUACGGCAGGACUAACCCACAAUAAAUGAUUGUUGCAAGUGUCAAUUAAUGUAAAAACCUAUGGUAUAUAUCCACAAUAAAUAUCUAAUAGCAAAUAGAUAACCACCUUUAUGAAAAAGCACCCACUGCUAAAUCCUUGGAGUCCAACUCACUUUGUAUUUGUACACCUAUAUUAGUGAUAACAGAUGUUUAUCAAUACACAUUAUUAUUUCUACUGUGCCUUCGCUUAUAAAGAGCUUUCAUCAUUAAAAGUAAAUUGUCAUACAUUGAUUCAAGGUGUAAAAUGUUUAUUAAAAUAACAGUAAAGCUUUCCAUGUACAGUUUGCGUAUUGAAGCUUGCUUGCUUUGUUGGUGCUUGAGGUCCAUACUAUACAUAAAUUCAAUGGGGAAUAAAAUGUCCUGCAAAAGUCUGACCAAUGCUCAGCUGUUGGCUGUUCAUUCAUCAAAGAAAAGUCUCUUCAUGUGGUCCUUUCAAAUCUUGUGAUUUAAUGUUCGACUCAGCCUGGAAGUAAAUGUUAUCUGCAGUGCUUUUUCAAAAUUAUAAGUAAAGACUUGCAGCAAAAACAAUAUCUCUUUUGAUCUUGGUAAUGCCUGAAAAUAAAGAUUUAAAAAAAAAAAUCACAAGAUUAUCAAUUAAAUGGCAUUCUGAUUUGAGAAUAAUUACUGUGUUCUUAAUUAUUGUCUGUUUUUAUAUAGUCCCCUCUAAAUUCUGUGCAGAUGAUGACAACCAACAGAUAUUGUAUCUGGGGCAAAAUGUGCAAGACAAAACAACAGAGAAAAAGCUCACUUUCCUCUUCGUUCUAAUGCUCUCAUGUGAGCGCUAAUGGACUGUGUUGUGACUCCAUUGAUAUUUUAAGCAAGAAGCCAUCAAAGUACGCAUCAAGGAUCAGGCCAUUUAAUUUUGACACCGAUUCCCACCAUAUUUCACUAAUAGGUUUAUUUUGUCUUAAGAUCAAGAAUGAUGUAACCAAAUGGGACUGUAAAUGCAAAAUAUUAAUAAACCAAUCCAAACUGUAAA